UACUUCAAUCAUCGUCCACAACAACCUUAGGCCUAACUAAUUAAAGACAAUGUCCCAACAGCCUGUAGAGCUCGUGUUCGUCCCCUUGCCGAGGCUGAGCCACCUCAUCUCCACCGUCGACGCCGCCAAGCUCCUCCUCACCCGCGGCGGCAAUCGCCUCGCCAUCACUAUACUCAUCAUCAAGCUCCCCGAUGCAGGAGAUGAUCAUAAAGAGAAAGUUUCGUCCAUCAUGGAAAAAACUAUUCCACGGCUUCGAUUCAUUGAAUUGCCCGAUCAUGACUGUAACAUUGAGCCCGGGACACCGACAUAUUUCUUCAGGUAUACCGACAGCCAUGCCGACAAGAUCAGACGAGUCUUGUCCGACUUGGUCGAGAAACCUCUCAUCCCUCGCUCCAAACUAGCCGGCCUCGUUGUCGAUAUGUUUUGCACCAGUUUUAUUCAGGUGGGUGACGAAUUUAACAUUCCAUCUUACGUAUUCGUCACUACAGGAGCGUUAACUCUCGGCACGUUCUACGACCUCAUCUCACUGAAAUUCGAACAAAAUCAAGACCUGACGCAGUACAAGGAUUCCGAUGUCGAACUGUCCUUCCAUUGCGCCUCUCAGCCUAUUCCCGUCAAAUUAUUUACGUCGCCGCUUUUCGACGGCAGCCCCAUCGGAGAUCUCCUCUUCGGAUACUUACGGAAAUUCGCCGCCGCCAAAGGAGUUCUCAUCAACACAUUCUACGAACUCCAAACCUACGCCAUCGAUUCUCUGUCGGCUGAUUACAGUAUGUACCCCAAGGUUUACCCGAUCGGACCAAUUUUGAUGGACGAUCACGACGACUCCGUCAGAAAUCCGUCGGCAGAUGAUUUAAUGAAGUGGCUGGACGAUCAGCCGGAGGAUUCGGUGGUGUUUCUGUGCUUCGGGACGACGGGGGCAUUCCAAGGAGCUCAGGUGAGGGAAUUCGCCAAGGCUCUAGAAGAUUCUGGAAGCAGGUUUGUGUGGUCGUUGCGGAAGCCGUCGGAAGAGAAGUCGAUUCCUCUUGCCGGUGCCGGUGAGUACGGCAGCUUCGAGGAGGUUCUGCCGGAGGGUUUCCUGGAGCGGACGGCGGCGGUGGGGCGGGUGAUCGGGUGGGCGCCGCAGGUAGCGGUGCUGGCGCACGCGGCAGUGGGGGGUUUCGUGUCGCACUGCGGGUGGAACUCUGUGCUGGAGACCGUGUGGUACGGCGUUCCAGUGGCGGCGCUGCCGCUGUACGCCGAGCAACAUUUGAAUGCGUUCAAUCUGGUGAGGGAGUUGGGGAUCGCAGAGGCGAUCAGGAUUGAUUACAAAAUAGAUUUUGGGAGACGGGAGAAGGCCGCGGCAGAGAUGGAGGUUGUCCCGGCGGGGGAGAUCGAGGCGGCGAUCCGGCGGGUGAUGGCGGCGGACGGCGCCGCGAGGAAGAAAAUGAAGGAGAUGCAGAGGAAGAGCCGAGAGGUUUCGAAGGAAGGCGGGUCGUCGUAUGCAUCUCAAAUGGAGUUCCUCCGAGAUGUGUUGAGAAACGUGGGAUUGGAAUAAUCGGUUGAAUUAUUAUAAUAAAAUAAAUACUCUCCAAGGUUUCUCUCGGCCAUAGAUAGUAGUGAAGCCUGCCCAUAUGGGUGGAACCCUACACUGGGUAAACCCGGUCAAAUCUAGUACCCUGCAAACUAAGUUUACCUAGCGGUCACAAAUCCAACUCUACACCAUCAGGUCAUCUUUUACCGAACUUGGGAUUUAGUACAAUUGGACUUGUGUAACGUGAUGCUGGAUAUCUUUUAAGAUUCACCUUAUCAAAGAAUUUUACUUCAAUUCCUAUA